AUGUACUCGAAGAGGAUGAAAGACGGAUACGCCCGCCUUCCAUCGUCCAGUGAACCUGGACUGGAUGGCGGGAAGAAAGUACCCAAGACACAGAACUACCCACGCAUAUCAUGCCCCGUUGAGCUGAUACAACCGUCAUACGAUUGCGUUGUCAUUGGCUCCGGAUAUGGCGGUGGUAUUGCUGCUUCGCGAAUGGCCCGCACUGGGAAGUCUGUCUGUGUUCUUGAGAGAGGAAAGGAGCGGUGGCCAGGCGAAUAUCCUGUAGGACUGAAAGACGUGUUCAGCGAAUUACAUACUACGGGAGCUUCAACAAGAUGGCCAUUGGGUCGUGGGUCUCCAACUGGCAUGUACCAUAUAGUUGCUGGGCAAGGCCAAAGCGCCCUAAUGUGUAAUGGCUUGGGGGGCACCAGCCUGAUUAAUGCAAACGUCUUCUUGGAGGCAGACGAAGCCACAUUAUCGAUGGAAACAUGGCCACCAGAAAUCCGACAGAACCCAAAAUGCUUAAACCAAUAUUAUCAAAGAGUGAGAGACGUGCUGGAGCCAACUCCUUAUCCGGACGACUGGCCAAAGCUGAAAAAAAUGGAAAUCUUCAAACGGCAAGCUCACAUGAUGGGCUUGGGAAGCCGAUACUACAAAGUUCCACAAACCACACGCUUCCGUCCCGGAAUAAAUAGCUGUGGAGUUGACAUGUUGCCGUCUUCACUGACUGGACAAGACGCAACAGGGGUCAAUGACAACUCAAAGACAACCACACUGGUGACGUAUCUUGCGGAUGCGUGGAACUGGGGUGCUGAGAUGUUUUGCGAGUGCGAGGUGAGGUAUAUCGAGAAGGUCAAGGACAGCCGUGGAGGUUAUAUUGUGUACUUUGCCUGGCAUGGCCACAAGCGCGGCAAGUUCAAGGACCGACUUUACGAAGAUUUACUAUGGGUGCAUGCCCGAGAUGCGGUUUUCCCCGGAGCGGGUUCUCUGGGGACCACUGAAAUUCUUUUGAGAAGCAAAGAGCUGGGCUUGCCGAUGAGUGACUGCGUUGGACAGGGCAUGAGCGGGAAUGGUGAUAUGCUGACUUUUGGGUACAACACUAACCGUGACGUAAAUGCCAUCGGGCGGCAACGGCCGAAUCCUCAGAACCCAGUUGGACCGACCAUCAACGCGACUAUUGAUAUGCGAGGAAACCUUGGCAAACCGCUGGACGGUUUUGUCGUGCAAGAAGGGGCAGUACCACAGGCACUGGCUAGGCUUAUGCAAACCAUAGUGGAUUUGCAACCUAAUGGAAAUCAUAAGAAAGUAUCGAGUAUUCGUCGAGCAGGAAAAGCCGUUGCGAGAUGGAAAAGUCGAUUACUGGGACCAUAUGUGUGUGGCGGCGCAGUGCAGAAAACGCAAAUAUUUCUGAUCAUGUCACAUGAUGGCAGUCAAGCAACGCUAAGAUUAGAGAAUGACAAGCCCAUACUUGAGUUUCUGGGCGUUGGGCAUAGCGAUCGAGUGAAGCGACUUCAUGCCUUGCUCGCGAAAGCAACGGAGGCAGUUGGAGGAACGAUAGUAGAUAACCCUUUUCAUGGUGUCUUUGGUGAUCAGCAUCAAGUUACCGCACAUCCCCUUGGUGGCGCAUCCAUGUCCUGGAACGGUACAGGUGCUCAUGGGGUCACAAAUCAUGUUGGUGAAGUGUUUCUGGACAACAGUACUUCUGAAACACAUUCUGGUCUCAUUGUUGUUGAUGGUGCAGUGAUUCCAGGGGCUCUUGGUGUGAACCCAGGAGCGACAAUAUCUGCGUUAGCUGAGAGGGCUGUUGAGCACUAUGCGCGACUUAAUGGCCUUCAUAUCAGUAGGGAAUCUAAUGGAGUCCUAGAUUUGUAUGGCAAUCCAGCUCACUGCCUUCGACCACAAACACCCGACAUAACGACCACCAUUCAAGGUUCUGCUCGGACAUUGAGUUUGACUAGAACGACUGACGAGAGGCGUCUUAUGCGACGCUUGGAUCCAGUACGACAUGGUGGACCUAACACUGUCUCGUUCACAGAACGUAUGUCUGGAUAUCUACAUGCACGAAACAACUUGCGCCUUCAUGAAAAAGGGGGACAUACAAAUGCGUUCCAGGCAGGUAGAUCCCGGGGCGAGGCGGCACGGCUGCUCACGAGUAACGUCAUGUAUGUUGCGGAACGAGUCGAUUAUAAAAGCCCGAAAAGACUGUACAAAGGAGUAGUCACCGGUAUCCUGACAUGUCCGUCUAUCAACGGAUCGCCAUUCAUGAUAUCUCGCGGCGAAGUGGAGUUGCUACGGCCGGAUGAAGAGGUUUCGGAGACGAUCAAAGUGACGUAUCGGUUUGACAUGGCAGGUAUUAAUGGCCGUCGUCUUGGUUUCCACGGAUACAAGGUCAUUGACUCAUCGGUGUCGAUGAGCUUCAAACAAAUGUGGCGUUCCACAACUACGCUCAAUGUCACUAUCACGGAGCUUGAUGACACCAGGCCAUCGACACAAUCAGCGUGUGCAUCAACCAGCACAUCACCCAGAUAUGAGGCUCUCGCCAAACAAAAUCAAGAAAACACAGCAGCAGAAUACGGGUCCAGUGAGAGAACAAUCGCCGCAGGAGUUUUACGAAUACGAUUCAGCGACUUCCGGAAACAGCUUUUGACGCUGACACCGAUGGGCAAGUCUCUGCUUGCAAAGGCUGCAACACUGACUCAGUUCACAUUUUAUUUCAGUAGUAAACUCGUUCCCCAUUUCCUAUUACCCAUGGCACCCCUACAGUAUACUACAAUGCAGCACGCCGAAUUCAUUAACCCGACUCCACCAACACAAACAGUUAUCGUCACCGCGAGUGAUGGAGUACGGACGAAAUUACACAUGUGGGAGCCACAAAUCGAGAAUCUUGCUGAAGAUGCCUUUGGAAAUCCUGUGUCUGUUCAAAACUUGUUCAUGAUUCCUGGAGCCGCGGUCGACCACCAAAUAUAUGCUCUACCUACCAUCCCUAUAAACGCAGUCAACUAUUUUACACGAGCUGGCUAUCGGGUUUUUGUUACUGUUCAUCGAAUAGGUAUCGUGGACCACCCUGAAGAUAAAUCUUGGACAACAUAUGACGCCAGACUGGAUAUCAAAGCCUGCCUGGAGCACAUCCGAGCCACUCAAAACACGAAGAAGGUGUAUACAAUUGCACAUUGCAUGGGAUCCGUAGCCUUUGCAUGCGGAUUGCUUGAUGGCACAAUUCCAGCCGAUUGGAUUCUAGGAAUUACGUGCAGCCAGGUGUUUAUGAACCCUGUAUGGAGCAAAUCGAACAUAUUCAAGACAUCUAUCGGGCUGGACAAAGUUUAUGCUCGCUUGGCUGGCCACUGGUUUAAUUGUAGAGCCUCGACUAAGGAGGGUGUGCUUCAAAGCGCCAUAAACCAAUUACUACGAUUCUUACCAGAUCAAAGGGGUGAAAAAUGCAGCAAUGCCUGUUGCCAUCGCAUUACGCUGCUAUUCGGGCGUUGUUGGAGCCACUUCAACCUGAACGAGGCAACGCACCGACAUAUGGACCGAUUCUUCAAUGGCGCGAACAUGACGCUUAUGCCUCUACUGAUGCGCAUGGGACGCUUUGGUGCUGUAUCAACGAAUGGCCCGACAUACCAAGACCUCACAGGGGCGCAUAACGUGGAGCGCUUAAGAGGCAUUCCGUUUUUUUUCUUUUCCGGAGGAGACAGUGAUGUUCUCUCACCGGUAGCCACACAGAAGACGUAUGAAAAGCUGUGUGACACUUUCGGUCUGUCUGCUGGAAGAGCAUGUGGAGGUGUACAGUAUCGCAGAAAGGUGAUUCCCGGCUAUGGCCAUCUGGAUGGCUGGAUGGGACGGAAUGCGUGGAGAGAUGUGUAUCCGAUGGUACGAGAGGAGGUUGACCGAGUUGUCAAGGGGGAAGCCUACCGGUUCCAAGAACGUGCGAAUCCUUUUAGUGAUGCUAUGGCGAUGCAAAGACUUGAUGACAUAUAA